UUCAAACAACAUGGCGGCUCGCUGUGGUUCACCCAUGCCGUUGGACUGAAGAUGUGAAAGCUGGAGAAAUUCAAAACACGGAUAGUGACUUUUCUGCAUUAAUAAUCAGAUCUUGUUUUUGUAAUUUCAGAGCAGUCAUGUCCACUCCAGGAAAGCCGGUUAAAAAGGAAAUCAAAAGGCAGAUUCCAGCCAAGACCUCCUUCACCUCACCCUUCACCCCAACAUGGAGUCCACUCCCCCAAGAAGACAUGCAUUUCAUCCUGAAAACCCUGAAGGACAAGCUGACCUCCAUGGGUCUUGAGAAGAAAGAGGUGAAAGUGUUUCGCCCGUGGAGGAAAAAGAAAGACCAGAAACCUGCUGCCACCACAUCAGAACCUGUUCCCCAGGUGCAGGAUUCUCCUAAAAACGGCUGGACAGAUGUGGCAGCCAGGCGACAGCUGGCCAUUGGCAUCAACGAGGUCACCAAGGCUCUGGAGAGAAAUGAGCUCAAGCUGGUGCUGGUGUGUAAGUCUGUCAAACCCAAACACAUGACGAGUCACCUGAUAGCCCUGAGUGCAACAAGAGGCGUGCCAGCAUGCCAGGUGCCUCGUCUGAGCCUGAGCGUGUCCGAGCCGCUGGGGCUGAAAAGUGUCCUAGCACUGGGAUUCAGACGCUGUGCCUCCAAGGAUGAGGAGGUGUUCACUGACACUGUUAAUGCCAUUAAGCCCAAAGUGCCUUCACUGGAUGUUGCAUGGCUAAAAGGUGCAGCAACCAGUGUAAUACCUGAUGACUCUGCUGACGUGGAGGAGGAGGAGGAGGCAGAGGCGGGACAGAAGAGAGGCCGGAAAAGGAAACUGGCGAGUGAACCUGUGGAGGUCACACAGUCUCCCUCCUCCUGCACUCUGCAGCCUCUCAAAGUGAAGAAAAUAGUAGCUAACCCUACAAAGAAAAGAAAAACAAAGGUUAAGACAUAGCUUGUCAAAUUAAAGAGAAACUCCGGCUACAUAUUUAAAGGACAAUUCCUGUGUUUUUACCCAGUGGGUCCCAACAUUUUUGGCUUGUGAGCGCUUUCAGCUUGUGACACCUGAAGAAGUGAAAAUAUAAAAAAAAAAAAAAAAAUUCAGGAAAAAUCCCAAAAAGUGAAACAUAAAUGUACACAAAUAAUUUAAAAGGACUUUUAAAUUGAUGUUUUUGUGUUUCUGAAUUGAACCUACUCACAAUGGUGUGUGAGAUGAUGGGUUUUUGGAGAAAUAUGUUUCAUGAUUUUUUUUUUUUUUUGGGUCAAUCUGACACAAGCUGAAACCCACAGAAACAAACAUUUGAUCCUAAGUUGUUUUUCUGGUCAGAGUUUGUAAUGAACACACCAUAAAAAGAAGAGCAUCGCUCGUGUUCCUUUUUAAAGUGAGUUUAUUCAAUC